GCGCUAAAGGGUGGUCGUGUGUGUGUAUGUGUGUACACACGUGCGCGCGCGCGCACGCGUGUUUGUGUGUUGUUCUCGGUAGUGAGUUUCUUAAGCCGCAGAAACACCUCCUGCCCCUCACUGUGCUUCUCUCCCUUGUGGUAAAAGGGGUCGAGCGAUACCCCGGUGGGUGAUAACUUAAAGGUAUUCAGUGGUGCGCGGGCAGCCGGUGACGGGGCGAGCCUGGUGGCUGCUUGUAGGGGGAGGCCGCGCCUAUGUCUUCCCCACUCCGGCGUAGUAGGUGCGGUGACAAAAUGCUGCCUUCAAACGGACACAGUUCUUUUUGUGGACGGAAAUCAUUCCGGCGUGGGGACCAAUUACAGCUCUGACUUAGGAGUGGCUGAUCCGGUUGGUGAUUCCAGUUCAUACCCGGUGACGGGCAUCAUGGCUUUUGGUUUUUCUUUUUUGUCCUCCUAGCCACAGAAUUUAUUGUUCUCCCACGCGUACUCGGAUGGUUGGUUAAUAGCAAUCCCUUGGAACCCACUGGACCUUUCUGCCGCUGGCAUCCCUGGGAGUGCAUUGGAAUGUACAGGAACUGGUAUGGGAGAACCACGGAGGACUAAGGAGAUGCCGACCGCAUUCACAGCUUGUUUUAAGAAAUGGUUCUUGAUGGCUGGCCAAGAAAUGUUCUGUGGUGGUGUGAUUUCGCCUAGCCAGCAUUUACGCGGAGAAAAAGGAAGAAUGCUAGUUGCUCAGGAUGACAUGCCUUCUCUGCACUUCACAUACUCUGUACAAAGUAUAUUUUUGCUCUGUCAGGAUGUCCCUGAGUUCUAUCAUGCACCAAUCCCUGGGAAGGAAUAGCCUAGACACUACAGUACUCCAGUAACAUCAUUAUCAUGAACAGUUAAGGAUAGGAGUUAGAAGUGCCUGUUUUAGUAGGAAUCUAUAUUCUUGUUUUGUGUUAGCUUCUUUCUCAACAAGGACUGCACAGGAGUAAAGUACUUACGGGUUUUUUUUUAAUUGGGAAUAACUAUUUUGCGGAUAUACAAAACACUUUGCAGCUUCUCCAUUUCCCCUAGUUGUUUUUUGAUCUAAAUUCUAUUUACUCAUCUAAAUCUUUAUAUGCCUUGUCCACACCUGAUAACUAAGAGUUGCUACAGUAAAUUGUUAAUAUUUGUUUCAUUUUUUGUUAUUGUUGGGGGAUGGGGCUCUAGAAGUAAAAGCUUGCCUUGCGGUGAAGACUUGUCUACUUGCUUUGGAGGUCUCUGCUGGGACUGAAAAAGAAUUUAUAGUUGUCUUUAAAAAAAACCCCGCAAAAACAUGGUGGAUUUUAUCCAUGGUGUUGGUGUAAGAUCUUGAGUUACCUAGGAGUAUUUAGAACAGUUUUAGCUGGUUUUCUAGCAUUGUUAGAGUGCUUUUACACUGAUGCCCUGCUUGCAAGGACAUCUGGUUGGCCACUGUGAGAACAGGAUUCUGGACUAGAUGGGCCACUGGCCUGAUUCAGUAGGCUAUAAUGUUCUUGUUCUUGCUUCCCAACAAUAACAACAUAUAAGAAGAAUGUUUGAUAUUAGCCUUUUGAGUAAUGAGAUGUUAUUAAUCCCUAUUGACUAGAAUACUGCCAUUGAUUUCAGUAUGAUAUUGAUAGUGCUUUUAGAGACCUAUUCAGACUUCUCAAAAAGCCCUUGUUAGAAACUUCCAGAUUGGUGGUCUAUGAUCUUUGCAGAGGGGGUGAAAUAAAGUAGGCCUUUUCUAUGUACUUUACUGAAAUCAAGUUUAAAGUAAAUAAGAUUUCAUAGUUUGCUUUCUUGGUCAUGUGGAUCAGUUAUAGAUGAAUAGGGUUCUUGCACCGUUCCUAUAUAUAUGCUAGAUAAUUCAGACAUUUAUUUUUGAGUAGGUUUCAUUGAACUCAGUUGAACCUCCGGUUUUGGGCUACCCAGUUUCUGUUGCUUCAUAUUUAUGUAUUUGAUGGAAUUUGUGAAAAGAUUGGCUUGGAAAGCGCCGUGAAAAUGUUUUAUGAAUGUAAGUCAGUAUAUUUGAGUGCCUUAACUUUCGUGAUGUUCUAGUGCUCUAAAGAGAUAUCACAGAAUAUAUUGUAUUCUGGAUUUGUGGUUGAAUGACAAGCAUUCGUGGUGAAAUUGGAAUGGGCAUAAGCAGUAUAUUUUCCCGAAUUUACUUAAUUUUUGGGUUUUUCUUCCAAUAUGGUCAUCUUUACAACAACGAAUUAAACUACAGGCGAACAUCUUGCCACCCUCUUCUGAAAAGAAUUUAAGAACAACUGCCGACUCCUAUUUUUGUGUGGGACUUCAGUUUUCUAUAACUACAGUUAAAUUGAUUUCACAGACUUUAUCAGGUCUUCUAGAGUGGGGGAAAAAAAAGGUGAUUAUUGCUGUGGGCUGAGCUCAGAAUGGCGGUAGUCAUCCGUUUACAGGGGCUUCCUGUUGUUGCGGGUUCUGCAGAUAUUCGCCGCUUCUUCUCAGGAUUGAAUAUUCCUGAUGGAGGUGUACAUAUCAUUGGAGGAGAAAAGGGGGAAGCUUUCAUUAUAUUUGCAACAGAUGAAGAUGCACGACAAGCAAUGAGCUAUUCUGGAGGAUUUAUCAAGGAUUCACGUAUAGAGUUCUUUCUUAGCAGCAAGACAGAAAUGCAGACUAUAAUAGAAAUUAGUAGGAGAAGACGAGCAGGUUCCAUUAACUCAGGCGCAUCUGGAAUUGGCAAUCUUUCAAAUUUAGUUGCAGCCAUUAAUAAAGGAAUGUAUCAAUCUGGCUGUAGUUCCAUGGAUCCGUUGGGGAAUGAGUUCCGUUCAAAUGGAUCUCGAAACAGUGAUACAGAUAUGUUGGAACCAAACUAUAAUCAGCCUAAGAAAGAGCCAUUUCCAAGUGUGUACCUAUUUAUACGUGGUAUGCCUUAUUCUGCAACAGAAGAUGAUGUACGCAAUUUCUUCUCUGGAUUGCAAGUGGAGGGAGUAGCCAUGAGAAAAGUUAAUGGUAAAAAUAAUGGAGACGCCGUGGUAAAAUUUGCAACAUUAAGCGAUGCCACAGAAGGGCUUCAACGUGAUCGAGAGUAUAUGGGUUCAAGAUUUAUUAUUGUACGAACCUCUGGUAAAGGAACAUGGAUUAAGUUUGGUGGAAAGAUUGGCAGUCCUGUCAAUACCAAACAUUUCAGUUAUCAUUUGAAUGAGGAAGCAUUUUCUUCAAGCAGGGAGCAUUCACGAAGAGAGCCAGACUAUUUGUCCUCAAGAAAACGCACCUGUUCAAGGUCUCCAGAGAGGGUUAUGGCACACACUCGUUCAAGGUCUCCUGCAGGGAGGAUUACAUCACGUACCCAUUCAAGGUCUCCUGUGGGGAAGGGCUUGUCACGUGCCCAUUCAAGGUCUCCAGGGAGGGUUAAGGCACACCAGCGGUCAAGGUCACCACGGAGGGUAAGGACACGCACCCGGUCAAGGUCACCACGGAGGGUAAGGACACACACCCGGUCAAGGUCACCACCACGGAGGGUUGUGGCACGCACCCGGUCAAGGUCACCACCACGGAGGGUUGUGGCACGCACCCGGUCAAGGUCUCCACAACAGAGGUUUACGACACAGUCUCGUCCUCAACACAGAGAAUAUUAUAUACUCAUUAAAAAUCUCCAACCUACUGUUGAGAAGAAAGAUUUGAUAAAGUUCUUUGGGCAUCCAGGUGUGACUGCCAGUCCUAUUAUAUUUUUAAAGCCAGAAGGCGAUGCAAAGACGAAAGAUGCAAUUCUGCUGUGUGACUCAUUGAAGGUGUAUGAGUUUGUAUUGACCUUUCACAAGGAUAAACUGCUUGGCCAGCCGAUUUUAAUCUUUCCCAUUUCAAAAGAAAAGCUGUUGUUCUUAACUGGAUCUUCUGAAGCAAAAGUACCACCAGAGAGACAGCACCAUGCAAAUGAAAGAAGUGAUAGAGAUGAAUAUUCUGGCUUAAAGACCUGCGUAUAUGUGAGAAACUUUCCAUUUGAUGUGACAAAUGUUGAAGUACAGAAGUUCUUUGCAGGAUUUAAUAUUGAUAACAGUGACAUUUAUUUGCUUUAUGAUGACAAAGGAAUUGGACUUGGGGAAGCAUUGGUCAACUUCAGAACUGAAGAACAAGCCCGCAAAGCUGAAAGCUUAAAUCGCCGGCGGUUUUUGGGAACAGAGGUACUCCUAAGAUGCAUUUCUGAGGAACAAAUGCAAGAGUUUGGUAUUAAUAUUUCAUCAACAUCAAAUGAAAAGAUACAGGAUAAUCUCCAUACAUAUGAAAGAAGUGAACAUUUUUACCCCAGUGGUUCACAAGGAUCCUCUUUGCAUGGGAACUUAAAGCACCUGUCUAAUUAUAGACACCCGUCUGAUGAUUUUAUCGGCUCAUCUGAUCUUUUUAGAGGGCCUCCUGGUGACGGCAUUCCUGGAAGUUUUCAAGAAGGGAACUUUAGGCCUGACUAUAAUUCUAGUGGUGCCUCAGGUCGUGUCACAUUGAUUAAAUUAAAGAAUUUACCGUUUCAGGCUUCUCCUAAUGAAAUUCUGGAUUUCUUCCACGGUUAUAAAAUCAUACCAGAAUCUCUUUCUAUUCUGCGCAAUGAAUAUGGAAUGUCUUCUGGUGAAGCUAUUCUUGCCAUGAUGAAUUAUAAUGAGGCAGUGGCUGCUAUUAAUGAAUUAAAUGACAGGCCAAUUGGCAACCGCAAAGUUAGUUUAACUUUUGGGUAGAUGUGAAAAUGCCUAGGAGGCAAAGUGAAGAUGUUUGCAGUAUGAAUAGAAUAAAACUAGAUUUGUGUUUUUGUUAUUUGGAAAGUGAUGACAAAACAUCCAUCUAUUUGUAAAUAGUUAAUUGCUUUAAAUGAAAGCUGUUUGAUGCAGUGCAGUUGCAUCUGUUAGAAAGCAUAGGUUGUUAGUUACUCUUGAAUAUAAAUAAUAAGUUGAAUGCAAGUUUUGGAUUCUUGUCUGUAACAUUCAAUGGCAUAUUGAAUGUUUUUUUAUUAAUUUCAGCUUAGCAUUUCUUUUAAAAUAAAUGCACCUAAAUGAAA